AUGCACCAAUUUAUCAGCUCCCGCCUGCAAUGUGCAGCUACCUACCUUCCCCCCAAAUCAUCGGUGAACGAAACUGUGGCAGCUACAACCACUGUACGACGAAUCACUUUGGACUAUCCGUCUCCGGCUAGUGUCCCAGUCACUCGUAUCCAAAAUUUCGGCAAUUUCAUCGCGCAUCACGUAAGAAACGGAACACACCGUUUGUGGCUUUCCUAUCAAUCACAUCUACUUGGACGAAAUACCAGCUUAGACAUUAUGUUUCGUUGCUCGAGGAUUGGUAACCUAGAUAAUCGAGCAAGAUCUAUUUCUACUGUUUUCUCGUUUGUUCAGUGUCAACUGAAGGAGGCACCACCAGGUUACCCAAGCCCGAUAAUAACACUACCAUGCCACCUGAAGGAAUCACGAGGGCUGGUAUACUGCCAGGUUGUCCGACCCUUGACAGGGGAAGUUGAAAGACUGAGGUCGUGUUCGACCCACGGACCUUCUGGCCAAAUUCACCUGGUUGAGGAAGAAAAGAGUGAAAUACGCAAUCGGGCCAGACAUAGCAUGCAUGGAAUUGUUGACAAUGAGUAG